UAUAUAGAAUGAGAAAAAUCUAUCAGACAGAAGUUUCCUCUCUUGGUAGAUCUGAUCGGCUGAUAAACAAACUUUUCUUUCUUCCCUUCUAAAUUUUCUCAUUUCUAAAUCUUUCUUGGAAUAGAAUCUACAUUCCAAUUUUUAUUUUUAAAGAUUGUUAAUAAUUUUCAAACUGUGAAUAAGAAUCGCUCCCAAAGGAACAUAAACAAAACAAAAAAAAAAAUUCUUUUUUUUUAUUAAGGAGAAAAGAAACAAAGAUGGAUAGUUUGUGUUUGAAUACAACCUUACACGGCGUAAUUCCAGCGAUCAAAGCGGUUGGAAGCGGCGUAAGCGGUUGUGGUGGCGGAGUUGUUGAAGUGAGGGCAAACGCAGCGACGCCAUCGCGAAAAAGAGGAUCUUUCGGGUUCUCUUUCAAGCUCCCAUUGACGCCGUUUUGGUCUCGCGGUGGUGGAAUCGCGUCGAGGAGGAGACGAAGUAGCGGCUUGGCUUUAGACGACGCCGUUCUGGUGGAUUCUGGCACGCCAAUCGCGGAGGAGGAGACAGAGAGGCGAAAUGGGAGCUGGGUUUUGAAGAUAUUGGAUGUGCAGUCUUUGUGGAGAGACGGAGAGGUCGUAGAAGAAGAUGAAGAUGAUGAAGAGGAAGAGGAAGAAGAUGAGGAGGGGGAACCAAACGAUGACGUGUUAUUAUCACCUGAAGAUGAUGAAGGUGGAUGCGAUGUAUCUUCGAUUUUGAAAGAUGACAAAUUUAAGCUGGACAGAGACUCCUUCUCUAAAUUGCUGAAGAGGGUUUCGUUGCCCGAAUCAAAACUCUAUGCCCGAAUGUCUUACUUGGGAAACUUGGCUUAUUCCAUUUCCAAAAUAAAGCCUGCGAAUCUCUCAAAGUAUUACGGCCUUAGGUUCGUUACUUCAUCAGCUGAGAAAACAGAAUUAGCUUUAAAGGAUGAAGUUGUUUCAGAUGAGACCAAACCAAAGGUGGAGGAGGAAAAAGAAGAAGAAGUUGAGGGCAAAGAGGAGAAGACGAGGAGCAAAGGUCACAAGAUCAGUGCUUCCGCUGCAUAUGAGAUGGUUGCAUCAGCUGCUUCUUAUCUCCACUCUCGCACCAACAACAUUCUUCCUUUCACUUCCUCAUCCAAAAACGAAAAUUCAGACAAAAGCAGCGAUGAGAAUUCAUCAUCAUCAGAGGAGGAGGUUGCUUCUUGUUUAACCGAAUCUGUUACUUCUGUUGUUGCUGCCGAGGAAGAUGUCAAACAAGCUGUUGCAGACGAUCUGAAAUCUACCAUCUCCUCUCCUUGCGAUUGGUUUAUCUGCGAUGAUGAUCAAACUCUCACCAGAUUCAUUGUCAUUCAGGGAUCCGAGUCUCUAGCUUCUUGGCAAGCAAACCUACUCUUCGAACCAAUCGAAUUCGAGGAGCUAGGUGCGAUCGUUCACAGAGGAAUAUACGAAGCUGCUAAAGGUAUGUACGAGCAAAUGCUACCUGAAGUCAAAGCCCACAUCAAAGCCCACGGAAACAGAGCUAAGUUCCGUUUCACCGGGCAUUCACUAGGCGGAAGCCUGUCUUUACUACUAAACCUCAUGUUACUGGUUCGAGGCGAAGUACCUGCUUCUUCUCUACUCCCGGUUAUAACGUUCGGUGCGCCUUUUGUGCUAUGCGGAGGCGACGGUCUUCUUAAAAAGCUAGGCUUGCCUAAAAGGCAUGUCCAAGCCAUCACAAUGCACCGUGACAUCGUCCCGAGAGCCUUCUCUUGUAUCUACCCUUACCAUGUGGCAGAGCUUCUCAAAGCUGUUAACGGCAACUUCCGUAGCCAUCCUUGUCUCAACAAGCAGAGCAUGUUGUAUUCUCCCAUGGGUGAGCUUCUCAUCCUUCAGCCUGAUGAGUCCUUCUCUCCCGGACACGAUCUGCUUCCUCCGGGAAACGGUUUGUAUCUUCUUGAAGAUACGGAGGAGGAGGAGGAGGAAGAGAGGCUGAGAGCCGCGCAGACGGUUUUCUUGAACACGCCGCAUCCUCUCGACAUUCUUGGCGACAGGUCGGCUUACGGGUCGAGCGGGACCAUACAGAGGGACCAUGACAUGAACUCUUAUCUGAAAGCGGUUAGGAGUGUGAUAAGAAAAGAAGUGAGUCAGAUAAGGAGAGCUAAGAGGGAGCAUCGCCGGAGUCUCUGGUGGCCUAUUGUGGUGGCUAGAGAGAGCGGGAGCUCGGGGAGACAAAUCAACGGUGGUCAGGAUUUCUCGGGGAUGAUGCAGACAGGGAGAAAGUCGUUGCAGAGGUUUAGCCGCCUUGUUGCGUCUCAGCAUAUGCCUUUGAUUGUUGUUCUGUUGUUUCCGGUUAAGUUGAUGUUCUUUGGAGCUUUCAACGUCUUUAAUUUCCGUUGAAAAUGUUUUGUUUUGUUUUUGGCGGGUUAAAGUCGUUAUCGGCUUAUACCGGUUUAGACCGGGUUCUGGUAAUGACCAGGUUUAGAUCAUUCUUUAUUCAUGUGUAUUUUGUUUGUUUGUUGGGGGGCCCCAUUGGAAAGGCUUUUUCUUGUUA